AUGAUUGAGUCUUUCGUCCGCCGAAACUCAGUCUCUCAUGUAGAAAAUGAAAACUUAUUAAAAUUCAAAAAGAGAAACUCUUAUAUUGACCUUCUAAAAGGCAUAGAAGGAGAAGAUUCAUUAAGUCAAGCUGGUAGAAGGGUUAGGUUAAGGUUAACUUAUUAUUGAAAACUCCCAGUAGCACCUAUCGGUGUGAUUCUCCACCUUGGUUCAUUGUUGGGCCGCCUGCCGCUGCCUUAAGGGUAAACUUCUUCGCAUGAGGCUCGCAUCGAACCGCGAGUGAGUGGGCUGGGUCGCCGUGCCGUACAUCAGACUUGGGCUGUCAUUCUAGAAAAUUCGUUUUCUUUGAAUUUUCUGGUUAAGCUGUCGCCAAGAUAGAACUCGUCGCCCAGAAUGCAACGCCUGGUAUCGCGCUAGGAAGCCGCCAGACCGGUCACAUAGACUUUGCUGGGCUUUCCUUUUCCAACGCCGAGUCCAUCUCUACCAAGAGGUAAAACCUUGAUCCAGGAAUGAGCUGCGGUCAGCCUAAUCCGACAUUGUGCUCCACCUAAACCAAGUAAAAUCUGGCCUGAUGCACAUCACCGAACUCCAUCCUCUCUUCCACAAGAUCUCUGGUUAUCCCUGCAGAUGUUAAGAGUGUGGGUUGGUUCGCAGUGCCAUUUUAUAUAUAUGUCAAGCUGGUAGAAACAAUUUAUUUAUACUAAUUAGAAUGGUAUUAGAGCUAAAACCCUCAGAGCGGACUCCUGAAAUGAUUGAAAAAGUAUACCAAUGAACUAAAAACCUUAAAUUUUUCCAAAAAUUAACAGAAGCAAAUUCAGUAGAAACUCAUAUAGCUUGUUGCAAUUAUCUUCAAUAUGAGUUUCAUGAGGCAGGGUCUCUUGUAAUAAAACAAGGUGAUAUGGGAACAAAGUUUUAUAUUAUCUUAGAUGGAAAAGUAAGCGUUAUUAGAGAAGAUGAAGGCGAAGAUACUUUUGAAAUGGCUGAGCUUGGGACAGGAGAAGCAUUUGGUGAGAGAGCAUUAAUGCUUGGAGUUCCAAGGGCUUGUAGUAUAAAAUGUAUUACAAACUGCAGCCUAGGUGUACUAGAGAUUAGUGACUAUAAGAAAGUACUUGACUCAUUUAUGGAAGAAAAGUACAAUUUAUUAAUAGCUAUGCUUAGAGAGUAUAUAUUAAUGUCGACCUGCCCUAUUAGGAUAAUAGUCAAGACCUUAUGGUCACGGAGAACUGGGACGGACUCUGAGCUGCUAAUCAAGUGCAGACUCAAGAGAAGACUCCAUGGAUCCCUGCCUUGUGGCUUUAGUCUUGGGGGUAUGUGGCUUAUGGAUUUCUGAGGCUCUCAACGGGUGAUUUGAGUAGCUUGGUUUCAAGGAGGAGACAGAAGUUACCGGAAGUAGCAUCCACAUUUGGGGGAAAGACCCUCUGGCCUGGAGUUGAAAAGUGCUGAGCCUCCCAUACGGGAGAUCUUUAGUAACUUUAAUAACCUAACCUGUGCUUAGAGAAUUUCCAAUAUUUAAAAACAGUUCUAGGCAUUAUUUGCAAAGGCUAACUUAUCAAUUUAAGCCUAGAAAAUACCAAAAGAAGCAGUGUGUUUACAAAGAAGGAGAUCCUACAAGUGAGGUCUUUAUAAUACAAAAAGGGGAAUUUAAUUUAUCAAAAAAACUAAAAAUUUCUUUACAAUCCUCAAAAGCUUUCCCAAAAACUUCAAAUUUAAAAAAUAAAAAAAUUUCUAAGAAUGCCCAAAUUGUGUCGCUAAGUAAAGGCUGCAUGUUUGGAGAAGAAGAAAUUUUAUCAGGACUUGAUAAUAGAUCGACCUCUUGCUUUUGUGUAUCUGAUGAAGGGCAUGUGUUAGUUAUAAGUAAAGAAAGUUUCAAAAAAAAUAUUUUAAAAAGUGAAGAUGCUGUUGAUUUUUUAAGAAAAAGAACUGAAAAUAAGCUUGCCUCAAGACAAACAACUAUAGAUCAAAAUCUUUAUUUGCAGAAAUUGCACUCAGGAAUUAUACCUAUAAGGGUUAAUGAGACUCCUCCACCAAUUUCUCCAUUAAAACAAUUACCACCUAUGCCGAUAAAUGCAAGUAAGCCACAAUCUUCAAAGUACCCAGUGACCUCAAGAGACUUUUCUAAUAUAAGUCCUAUUCGUGACCUAUCUGUAGCUGAAAGCCGAUGCAAAUCUCCUGAUGAAAAAGGUUCUCUUUCGCUAAGAAAAAGUUCUCAGCCUGUGGUUCCUCCUCUGUUUAAUUCUUUUAACACACCAAUUACACCCAGUGUAAUUUCUGACUCAAAAAAUCCAAGCCCAUCACGAAAGUUGCAAAAAAGUGAAUCGAUGCCAAUAUUUAGUAAUUCUUCUAGAAAAUCAACUAUACGUCCUAUUGAAGACUAUAUAAAUAGCUCGAGAAAAAAGCCAGAAAAACUUUAUAAAGUCAAAGAAAUUGUGAAUAUUCAUACCCAUAUGAUGAAAAUAAAAAACCUUAAAAAAGAAGCAUCAAAACAUUUUAUAAGGACUUGUCGUGGGAAAACCCUGACCUCAUCAGCUUUGCUAGAAAUUGAUGUUUAUGCUGAUGAUAAAUAAGCUCUUUGUCCGCGACAGGACGGGAAUUUACACCCCUAUAUGCUUAUCGUCCUUGAGGGAUUCGAACCCUCCUCGCAGCUGCAGGCAAGGGAUUCGUAUGACCGAUCUUGGCCUCCAUGAUUCUGAAACCUAUAGACCAAAACAUGGGGAGAAACUUUCAAUUUCUUGCUGGACAAAUAUCACUUUUGAGCCCUGUUCGAAGGACUCAUCAUUCUCUCGGAGCUUCUACUGUCUUGUCCUUUCCAAUGAUGAUUCCAAAGGUAAAAACUCAAGUCCCCGGAUUAGUUCCUUUGACCAAAGAAAACUAAGCCCAACAGAUAUAAAGAUUAUCCUGCCUCUUACUGCCCUUUCUAUUCACACUGGGUUGUAGUCUGUUGUUGUUGUUGUUUUUGAAGAAAUAGGGUCAGAAGGUUUGAUUUCCGUCAGCCCCCAUUUUUUUAUGUAUAUUUAGAAAUUGAUAAAGAUUGUGAGUCCCCUAUAAGAAUUGAAAAAAGUAAAUUAUCAAGAAAAUCUUCUAUGCUUUAA